AUGGAUGGGAGGAAUAGCACAAAUGUCUCUCACUUCAUCCUUAUGGGAUUGACAGACUCUGAGGAGAUCCAGCUGGUCCUCUUUGUACUAUUUCUCCUGAUAUACCUGACUAGUGUGCUGGGAAAUGCAGGGAUGAUAGUGAUAAUCCACCUGGAUCUCCAGCUUCACACCCCCAUGUAUUUUUUCCUCAGCCACCUUUCAUUUAUUGACCUCAUUUAUUCCAAUAUCAUCACUCCUAAAACCUUAGAGAACUUAUUGACUUCCACCAAGUGCAUUUCAUACCUGAGCUGCUUCACCCAGAUGUACUUUUUUACCUUUUUGGGUUCCACUGAAUGUUUUCUUCUCUCCUCAAUGGCCUAUGAUCGCUAUGUAGCUAUCUGCAAUCCUCUACAGUACCCAGUCCUUAUGUCCAAAGGACUCUGCUGCUCCCUGGCCUUUGGGUCCUAUUUUCUUGGCUUUAUUAAUUCUAUUAUCAAUGCACUUUGCAUGAGCACACUGCAUUUCUGUGACUCCAAUGUAAUCCAUCACUUUUUCUGUGACACUUCCCCAAUUCUAGCCUUGUCUUGUACUGACACUCAAGACAUUGAAAUCAUAAUAUUCAUUUUUGCUGGCUCCACCCUAAUGGUAUCUGUUAUCACGAUAUGUGUGUCUUAUCUGUGCAUUCUGUCCACUGUCCUGAAAAUCACUUCCACUUCAGGAAAGCAAAAAGCCUUCUCUACAUGUUCCUCUCAUCUCCUGGGAGUCACCAUCUUUUAUGGUACUAUGAUUUUUACUUAUUUAAAACCUCGUAAGUCCUAUGCCUUGGGAAAGGAUCAAGUGGCUUCUGUUUUUUAUGCUAUUGUGAUCCCCAUGCUGAACCCACUCAUUUAUAGUCUGAGGAAUAAAGAAGUGAAAAAUGCUCUCAUUAGAGUUAUGCAGAAGACAGAGGGCUUCAGGCUAUUAAAAUAA